CAAAUCUGCUAUCGUUCAGUGACAAUUUGACAGAUUCCCACCAGCCCGACGAGUGACUUCGCAACACCUGCCAGUCUUUCACUCAUUCAACCCAACUGCCGCUCGUGGCACAUUCGGCUGCCCUGCUACUAGCCUAUCGAUUAAGCAUGGUGACCUCUCAUCAACGGCAGGCUCAGCAACCCGACAUCCGAGACGUCCGGCCCAAGAAACAGGAUUUGUAGGGCGGAAAAGUCUCACACAUUCUAGCAGAGCCUACCUUUGCGAUUUACACACUGCCGCAAUAUGAUCGCGCUACUUCCUUGGCUCCCAAGUCUUCCGUACCCUCCAGAGCAGGAUGGCUACUGGAGUCCUGUUACAUCAACACUGGACUGGUGUGAAGAGAAUUAUGUUGUCUCGUCUUACGCUGCAGAAAUAAUCAACACACUCACCAACCUGCUGUUUAUGUAUCUUGCCAGCAAGGGCAUACGGAAUUGUCUGAAAUAUGGACAUGAUACGGUCUUCCUGGUUGCCUUCAUAGGCUACGUCCUUGUUGGAACCGGCAGCUUCCUCUUCCACGCAACGCUGAAAUAUCCCAUGCAGCUUGUGGAUGAACUCUCAAUGAUAUACACAACAUGCCUGAUGUGCUUCGCGACAUUCUCAUAUGGCAGGUCUUUGAGAUAUUCCACUUUCCUCGCGAUAGGCCUGAUAUCUCUGGCUUUGUUCGUCACCCUGUACUAUCACCACAUCCAGGACCCAGCCUUUCACCAGAACGUGUAUGCGCUGUUGACAGCCAUAGUCUUGUUCCGCGCUAUGUACAUGAUGGAGGUCGCUAUCCGGCCGCGGUUCAAGUCUGAAGAGAGGAAAGCACUGAACCCACGACCCGAUCGAGCUGUGGAGACUGCUCGACGAUAUGAGGACCAGAGAGAUGAAGAGAUCCUGCGUACGAUGUGGAAGAUGAUCGUUUCUGGUUUGAGCAUUUUCCUAGGUGGGUUCUUGUUGUGGCACCUUGAUAAUGAGCACUGCUCCAAGGUGAAGGAGUGGAGGCACCAUAUAGGCAUUCCUUGGGGCUUCUUGCUGGAAGGCCACGGCUGGUGGCAUCUGAUGACGGGCACCGGAGCCUACUUCUACAUCGUCUGGGGUAUUUGGCUCAGACACUGUCUCAACUACAGGCAUGAUGAGUACGAGUUGUAUUGGCCAAAUUGGUUCACCAUGCCCGAGGUUGUGAAGGCGCAGAGGUCUGCGAGUGGGACAGCAAAGAAGACAUUGUAGAAUUGUGCAUCGGCUUAUGCCUUUCGGUAUACAUGCAAUGCUACGUAGCCGUGGUGUAGGGCUUCUCAGAGAUGUGCAUCAGAGGAAGCUACUGUGGGGCGGCUCAGCAGGAAGGAACUCCUGAGCUAUCGCCAAAAGUAGGGAGGCGCGCCGUCGACAGCACUGCUGCGAUUGACACGAACUGAAGGCACUCAAAAAUAUGACUCGAACGCACGAAUAGAGUUCUAAUCACGCAUUUUCGAGUUCUGA